UGAUCCAAGAGACUCAGGAAACUUGUGACUCCUGUGUCUUCUACAAGUCCAACAGCCUUUUCUGAUUUUAUUUUCAUUUCAAAAUACUGUCACUGCUCCCAGAAAUGUGUAGAAUUGUAGGGAGUUUACCAGCAGGUAUUCCUGGGUAGUUUGCCAUUUUUCUGAGCUGCCCAGCGAACUUGCAGAUGGACUGAUGAUGGUAUGGGGAAUUUGUGUUUGGGAGAGUUUAGCUGUUUCCUUGACAACAGCAUUUGGGGCUCCCAUGCACUGUGGGACUGAGACAAUUAAUGGGAAUGACUUAAAGAGUUAAAAGAAGAACAAAGAAAAUGUCAGCUGCAAGAUAAGAUUUUCUUCAAGCAAAAAUGUCAGAGAACUCCACUGAGUUGGUUAACUACCCUGACAAGAGCCAAGCAUUCCUUCCUGCAAUUCCCAUGAUUCCUGGAAACAGAGUGAAUCUUCUAGAAAACCGGGUGUCCAGUCAGGAGAGGACCACAGCUGUUCUCUUAGAUCAGGCCUUUCGAAUCAAAGAUGACAUUGUUUCUUAUCUUCAAGGAAGUAAGGGCCAUCAACAGGGGGAGGCAACAGCACGACAACUGCUGGAAAACCACAUACAGACUAUUACAAGCAUAGUUAAGAAGCUCAGCCAUGAUAUAGAGGUUUUGGAGAAACAAAUAAGAACAAGAGAUAAUGUUGCAACAGGAACUACUUUUGCUGUUCAAAGUUUGGACCAUAAAUACCUACAUGGAUUUGGAGACUUGCGUGGAAGGGUGGCCAGAUGUGAUGCGAGCAUUGCAAAGCUAUCUGGAGACAUAAAUAUCAUCAGGCACGAGAUCCAGAGGCUAGAGAAAGAGAUUGGUGGCAUCCGCUCUACCUCAGAAAGUUAUGCUAAUAAUUUAGAGAUGAAGGUAAUGCGGCUAUUAGACAAGAUCGAGACUUCCAACUCUGAGCAAAGCUCUCAUUUAAAGACAGUCCAGGGGGAUCAACACCAUGAAUUGCAACUUCUGGAUUUCAAGGUGAAUAGUCUUCUAAAUGACCUCCGGGAUCAAAUUCAGGACCAACGAAAAUGGACAGAAAUCCAGCUGAGGCGAUCUGAACAAGAACAAGCCUACCAUAAAGAUCAGUUUCUUAAUGCAAUGAAGGAGAGACUGGAAGCAGCAGAAAAGAAACUGGAAGAAAACCUUCACCUCUCGCUAAAGCUAGAGAAUAAUAAACCACAGCAAUAUGAAAUGGCGCUGAGCCAGGUGACAAAAUAUGAAAAUAAACUGCAUGCAAGAAUUACUAGAUUUGAAAGACAGAUCUGGAAUGAGCUGGAGGAAAUCCAGAAUGAAUAUAGAUCAGGAUUUCAGUCCAUUUAUGAAGCUCUCAACUCACUCCAACGAAUACAGAUGACAAAACUGAAACUAGAAAAAAAGAAAUUCCAGAAAGACAUUAAAAAAAUACGAUGCAAGGUAACUGAACUUCAGGAAGAGUGAAGCUUUUUCAGCAUUUGCCAUUGUUCUCUCAACUUAACAGGACUGUUGGCUUAAAGACUGAAACAAAGAAAACCUCAUGUCUCCAUAGCAUGUUACUGCUCUGCUUAAAUCAUAUUUUAUAGUAGAACCUUCAUGAUCUAGUGCAACACUAAAGAAAAUCAGUUUUGGUGA